ACCAAUUUGAAACUCCUUUUUAUUGCUAUAGUUAUAUAUAGUGAUCAUCCAUAUAGAUAAUCUCCUAUACCAAAUCAUCUCAGUCCAAAUCUAUUUCAAUAUUAAUGGCUUCCUUAGUUUCAGCGAAUGCUCAUGCUAAUUCAUCACAGAGAAUUGGGAAAAGUACUACAAUUACUAGUCCAGAUAUUAUUCGUCGAUCGGCCGAUUUUCAUCCAAGCAUCUGGGGAGAUCACUUCCUCAAAUACACCCCUCAAUUCUUGGAAGUUGAUGACAAUACUAAGCAAGAAGUUCAAAAACUGAAAGAGGAAGUGAGAAGGAUGCUAACUGCUGCUGCCACUAAUCCUUCCCAAAGGCUACACUUGAUUGAUACAAUCCAACGGUUAGGAUUCGCUUAUCAUUUCGAGAGCGAAAUCAGUGACAUUUUGGGGAAAAUGAAGGAAAUGAAUCCUCACAAUGACUUGGAUAAUGAUAACCUUCAUACCGUCUCUCUUUGGUUUCGACUGCUUAGACAGGAAGGACACAACAUAUCAAGUGAUAUAUUCCAGAAGUUUACAAACAAAGAAGGAAAAUUUGAUGAUACUCUUGCUAGUGAUGUUGAAGGAAUACUAAGCUUGUAUGAAGCUUCACACAUGAGGGUGCAUGGAGAGCCUAUGCAUGAAGAAGCAGUUGUUUUCAGCACUACUCAUCUGGAAGCCUCGACGGAGGGAUCCCAGUUGAGCUCCUUUCUUGAGGCACAAGUCAACCAUGCCUUAAGGCAGCCCAUCUUGAAGGGCUUGCCAAGAGUUGAAAAUCGGCGCUUUAUUUCUGUCUAUCACCAAGACCCUUCACACAACGAUAUCUUGCUUCGCUUUGCUAAGUUGGACUUCAACGUUGUCCAAAAGUUGCACCAAAAUGAACUUAAUGAAAUUUCGAAGUGGUGGAAAGACUUGGACUUCGCAUCAAAGCUACCUUUUGCGCGUGACAGACUAGUUGAGGGUUAUAUUUGGCCAGUGGGAGUGUACUUUGAGCCAAAGUAUAGUCUUGCUAGGGUUAUAUUGACCAAAGUAAUUGGUGUGACAACAAUGAUCGAUGACAUUUAUGAUGUUUAUGGAACUCUAGAAGAACUGGAAGUCUUCACAGAUGCAAUUGAAAAGUGGGAUACGAGAUGCAUUGAUCAACUCCCGGAAUACAUGAAAUACUGUUACGAGGCACUCUUGAAACUAUACGAUGAAAUUGAGGAAGAGUUGGCCAAGGAAGGCAGAGCUUAUCGCAUGCCCUACGCCAAAGAAACAAUGAAGAAGCUAGUUCAAUCUUACUAUGUGGAAGCUCAAUGGUUCCAUAAAAAUUACACACCAACAUUGAAGGAGUAUAUGGAGGUUGCACUGGUAUCCUCCACCUACUACAUGCUCACUGUCACGUCAUUCCUGGGCAUGGGAGAUGAAGUGUCAGCCGAGGUCUUCGAUUGGCUUAUGAACUGUCCUAAGAUUGUUACAGGAUCAGCAGUCAUUUGCAGGCUCAUGGAUGACGUGGUCAGUCACAAGUUUGAGCAAGAUAGAGGACACGUUGACUCUAGCGUGGAAUGUUAUAUGAAGGAAUUCAAUGUAACAGAAGAAGAGGCAUGUAAGGAAUUAAACAAACAAGUUGUGAAUGCAUGGAAAGACAUGAAGGAGGAGUGUCUGGAGCCAAGAGAUGUGCCGAUGUCUGUCCUGACGCGUGUGAUUAAUCUGGCACGUGUGAUCGAUGCUGUCUACAAAGAUGGAGAUGGUUACACCCAUGCCGGAGGAAUCAUGACGACUUUCGUUAAAUCUUUGUUCAUUCAAAGUGUUCCAGUACUCUAACUAGUUUUAAUCAUACACAUCUAUAUAUACAUGCAUGUCCUUUAAUUUGUUUUCUCAUCAUAUAUAUAUAAAUAUAUAUAUAUUAUGUAUUCAAAAUAAUAUAUAUAAUAAGCUUGGUAUAUGUGUACGCAUCUCCCCUUCAGUGUAUAAUAUCAUUCCGAAAACUAAUUAAUGAAUAAUUCCAUCUGUUA